UACCGAAGGUCCCUCUCGCGAUGUAUGUCUCGUCCCAGCUGACCUAUCUAUCGCACCUAGCGAAGACAUCCGAGGCUAUUAAGAAGAAACUUACCCCCGAUCAGCUUCGUUUAUUUAGGAAGACUGCAGUUGGGCAUUUGCUUGAUGUGGAUCUCGUCUCUAACAGGCCACUAAUUCAUUGUCUGCUGCUUAGGGAGGUAAAUGAGAGUCGCAAGGACACCAUGAGUUUUAACUUGUUUGGUAGUAAGGUGUCCUUUGGACUGAGAGAAUUUGAUUUAAUUAGCGGCCUAAAAUAUUCGACAGCCACCGUUAUGAAGGACACCUAUCCUCGUAGGCUUAGGACCAUGUACUUCGAUGAUAAUGUAGACCUGACCUUGGCUGAGUGCUUCGUUUUGAGGAUGAUUGAGACGUGGUGAAGGUCUCAAUUGUAUACUUUGUUGAAUUUGUACUUUACGGGCGGGCUAUCAUUUGAGAAGACUAUGAGGAGUCUGGAGCGAGCACUUGCGAAGAAGACACCUGAGGGGGCGUUGAGGAAAUCGUACAGUCUGUAUGUUUUCUCAUGGUGUUCUAGGUGUGCGCGUAUGAGACAAUAUCUUCCAUGAUGGGACGAGUUGCCAGGAAGAUAAGUGAUAGUUUGGUACCCCGCAUGCUCCGGUGGAGGUGCGGUCACUCGACUAGAUGGCUCGUGCUGGAGAGGGAGAUAUUCCAGUCUACAAUAGCCAGAAUUAGGGGCUUAUAACCGACUGAAGCGGAGAUGAGGUUUUUGAAUAGGGCAAUCGAACAACCAGCAUCAGAUGAACUAGAAGCUGAUGAGGAAGUCCAUCAACGUCUAGAGACUGCAUUCGAGGGUCAAGACAGAAACACGGACCGUCCAACCGACAAUAUUGGUGCUCCUACCGCUGCCGAGGUCGAUCGUAACCAGGAUGGAGAGGCGAUACAGAACAAAGAAAAAAAGAAGAAGGUUAACAAGAAAGUGUUGAAAAGAAUUAAAGUGUUGGACACGCGUGUAGCCGUUAUGGAUAAGAAACUUGAAGGCGUAGAAGGUGAGCUGAAAGCAGUACGAGGCCAGGUAACUGGUGCAACGCGAAAGACCGUAUACUCCAUCAAGAAUAAGGCCUGGUUCCGCAACCUAUUGAGGCCAGGUAACUGGUGCACAGCCGAGGUCGUCGAUGAGCUGUUCAUGUUACUGCGAAAGAAGCUUGAGCAGCGGCCUGAUCUGUGUUCUCGGAAGUUCACAACUGGCGAUCUAGUUCUUGCGAACUACUUCAGACGUAAGGAUGAUMUAUAUGCAUGCAUGCAAUCUGAUAGUUCAUUGCCUUCAAAAGUAGCGGCCGAGUACGAUUGGGACGGGAGGGACGAGAGCAUCAUGGGUUAUACUGACGGCACUCAUACGGACUACCCUUUGAGGUGGAUGGAAGUGGACGCCAUAUAUAUCCCAUUUAACAUUAGGGGCAAGCAUUGGGUAAUGGUAUGUAUCGACCUCGAGGAAGGCGAGAUCGUAGUAUGGGACUCCUUGAAUUCAAUGACCACGGAUCAUGCUAUGGAGGAUCAUUUGAAGGUAAUGCACACCAUCAUCCCAGUAAUGCUCUUCAAAUGUGAUGUUAUGAAAGUCCAACCCAAUCUACCGAUCCAACCAUGACGGAUUCGACGAGUUACGUCAGCACCACAGCAGAUUGGCGGUGGCGACUGUUGGAUUUUCUGCAUCAAGUAUUUUGAGUACGAUGUAACCGGGUCCGCAUUGGAUACUCUAAGACAGUCUAGGAUCACACACUUUAGGAGGCAGCUUGCUUUUCAACUUUGGGCGAAUAGACCUAUUUUCUGAUAUUCCAUUAGAAUUGUUUUCUUAUUUUGUACGUAACUUAGUUAAAUUUGAUAAUACGAAUGAAUUUAAGUAUAUUGACUAUGAUUUAAC